CUCCUUCCUCCCACCUCUCUGCAUACAGUCGAGGAUUCGACCGUUGGAGAGAGAGAGAGAGAGAGAGAGAGAGAGAGAGAGAGAGAGAGAGAUGGUGACUCUGAGGAAGAGGGUUCGAAGCGAAGAAAUCCAUUCAAAUCCCAAACGGGCGGAAGAGAAGAACCCAUCGAAGAAGCCCGCCAAGAGAAAUGAAGAGACAAUCCCAAGCUACGAGCAGUCGAGAGAUGAGAGGAUCAAAGAGAACUUGCUGCGAAUGCAGAAGCUCGGCAUUAUCGAUCUAUCUCAGAAGCUCAAAUGCGAUAUCGGCUCAGCCAAACGCCCCCCAAAGAAAAUCCAGAUCCGAAAAUCUUCUCCCCCGAUAUCAGCACCUCCAAGACGCUCUUCCAGGUUGCAGAGCAUAACUCCUGUUAGCUAUACAGAAGUGCGCCCAAACCAAGCUGAAAAGUCAUCAUGGAAUGGAGAGAUUUCAUUAAAAGAAGGCCCACUUCCUGAGAUUUAUACAGAGGAACAUGAUAAGCUACUGGGUAACUGCAAGUUGAGUUGGGAACUCUUUGAGGAUGGAUAUGGUGCAGAUGGAAAGCGUAUGUAUGAUCCGGUAAAUGGGAAGACAUGUCAUCAGUGCAGGCAGAAAACCCUGGGUAAACGUACACAUUGCAUCAACUGUAACUUGGUCCAAGGUCAAUUUUGUGGAGAUUGUUUGUACAUGAGAUAUGGUGAGAAUGUGCUAGAAGUCAACAUGAAUCCCAACUGGGUUUGCCCCGUCUGUCGUGGCAUUUGCAACUGCAGCUUGUGCCGACUUAAAAGAGGAUGGGCUCCCACUGGCCCUUUGUAUAAGAAAGUUUUGAGCCUUGGGUUCAAGUCGGUCGCACAUUAUCUCAUUCAAACCCGACGUUCUACGGCAAACGCAGAAGACCCAGUUCCCAAGCAUCCCUCUUCUGCCAAGAGAUCACUGGCCUUCGCAGAUGCUGAAGACAUGAACGUUGAAUCCAAUGACUGGGACAAGGAAUUGAACAGUUCAGAUCAUCAUGGAAGCAACCAAAAGAUUGAAAACAAGCAAGCGGGGCGACAAACAGGCCUGGAGACUGUUGACAAUGUAGGGUCAGGAAGCGAAUUGAACAUUAAAAUCAAGCACAAGGCGAGGAAGCCUAGUCUAAUAAGCCCAAAGCUCAAGAACAAGCACAGGUCUGCAAAGAAGUCUCCUGGAACUCCACAACGAAGCCUAGACAGCAGUGGCGACUUUGCUUCAGAAAGCGUGCCAGAGCCUACUGUAGCCCCAGAAUCGAUCCUGGGAUGCGUCAGCGAUGUGGGGUCCGCAUUCGGAUCAAUGGUGAGAAUCAAGCGCAUUGCCAGGAAGUCUCAUAUGAAGCCUACAGCGGUCCUACUGCUGAGCUCGGAUGGUGUUGUCCAUUUUUCAUUGGAAAGUGAGCCGAAGCCUACAGCAGUCCCACAGCUAAGCUCAGAUGGUGUCCUCCAUUUUCAAUUGGAAAGCGAGCUGAAGCCUACAGCAGUCCCACAGCUAAGCUCAGACGGUGUCCUCCAUUUUCAAUUGGAAGGCAAGCUGAAGCCUACAGCAGUCCCACAGCUGAGCUCAGAUGAUGUCCUUCAUUUUCAAUGGGAAAGCGAGCCGAAGCCUACUGCGGCCCCAGAACUGAGCUCCGAUGUUGCCUGCAAUGUUGUAUCAGGAAGCAAACCCAAGGCUGGAGUCCAGCACAAGGCAAGGAAGGCUUCUGUCGCCCCAAGCCCAGAUUGCAUUGCUCGAAGAUUGAGGAAGAGGCAUAACAUGUCUUGAAGAUGUGAUCCACAACAUUCUCCCUUUCGUGUCAAUGUCAUGCUUGCUUUUGGUACUCCGGAGAAACAAAUCUUGAUUGAACCUAUAUUCGAGGAUUCUUGGACCCCACCAUUUUGGUUUUGAAGCACUGGGACAGCGCGAUAUUACGUGAUGAAGCAGGUGGGCCGUUUUGCUAUCAGCGAUUUGGGACUAGUCACUUGGCCAAGUCCGAGUCCUUUAUCGUUUUGUUGUUUUUCUGCAUUUUGAUGUUCAAACAUGAAUCUUGGGGUCAUUCGUCUUAUCAGAAUGUUGUGGAGCGGCCUUGAUUUCUCA